UGUCUCCUUCAGCCACACGUCUAUAGCACGAUUGAUAUGGUUUCAAAGACUGAAUCACCACCGUUGAUCGGACCUCGUAUCUCUUUCUCAGACGGUGGAGAUUUCAUCUGCAUCAACCCCGUACACUGUAAAGAGCUAGAGAAAGAUGUCUUCAAAGGGUCAGUGAAAGUCUCCGACUUUGAGUUCUUGUCUGAGAAUGCGAGUCCACAGAGGAUGCAUACCGCCGACGAACUCUUCUCUGAAGGAAAGUUGCUUCCUUUCUGGCAAGAAAAGCACUCAGAGAAGCUUAAAAACGUUAGCUUGAAGACAAACGAAGAAGAAGAAGAAGAGAAUCGUAAAGUGGAAGCAACGAUGAAGAGUAACGAUUAUGAUAAGAACAGAGUGAGUUGGUUUAUAGAUGAAGAUCCAUCUCCUCGUCCUCCGAAGUGCACAGUUCUUUGGAAAGAGCUUUUGCGGUUGAAGAAACAGAGGAACACUAGGUCGUCUCUGUCUCCGUCGUCGUCCACGUCAUCAUCGAGCUCGCUUGAGGAUAAGAGAGAGGAGAAAGAAGGGAAGAGAGGCAAGAAAGGAUUAGAGAGGACGAGAUCGACGAGCAUGAGGAUAAGGCCGAUGAUUCAUGUCCCUGUUUGCACUCCUUCUAAAUCCUCUGUUCCAUUGCCUCCUCUGUUUCCGCUUAGGCUUAAGAAGAAGAGAGUAGAGAAACGCACUUGAAAAGUUUGAAUCUUUUUAUCUGACACAAGCUUAUUAGUUUAUUCGUUCGGAUUCUCAUGUGAUAUGUAACUCUAAUGCUUGUGAUUAAGCAUUUUUAGGUGUAUUUGUUUUUGUUUUAUGAGAUUCUAAUGUGUGAGAGUGUAAUAUGUUCCUCUGUUAUGGAUCCAAAAGCAUGUCAUUAUCAACAAAUGAAGAUGUGAUUAAGAUUUGUUGUA